AUGAUUGACGAUUACAAUACAGGACGUCGAAUAACUUCUUGGGAUGCAAUUGAUCCUCCAAAAUCCUUGGAAACAUCACAAUUAAUGAGAGAAGCUCCUUCAUUGUCCAUGUCAUCACAUAAUGCUCUCGUACCAUAUUCAAAAUAUACUGGUCGAGUUCAUCCACAAUAUAGUAUUGAUCGACGACAAACACAACAAGUACAGUAUCAAACAAAAUCAUCGAAAUCAUCACAACCAAAUUCAACAGACAUCGAAACAGGGUAAAAGAAAAAAAUAUUUAUCAUAUGAAUAAAUAAUUGAUGUGUUUUAUUUGAAAUUAGAUCAAAAUGAGGCAUAAAAUCGAUUAGCAUAAAUCAUGUUCUUGGUUUUAUUCUGG